CUAGAUUGGGCUAAGAUGCCAGAUAAUGCAUUAACAGGGUUACCAAUUGAAGGGAAGGUAAUGCAAUGGAAAUGGUAUAUAAAUAACCUAGCUCAGGAUACAUCAAUGAUGGGGAGUUCAAGAAUUACGAAAUUAACUGAAAGCGUGAACGCCCAGCCUAUGAUACCUGUCCCGGUAGCGAUAGUGGAACCUAAAGUAGCACCUAUUGGAAAAUGGGGAGCAUCCGAGACACAUGCUAAUGCAUGGUUUAUGGAUGGCUCCAGUGCAGUGAUAGGAAAGAAAACAAAAUGGAAAGCAGUUGCGUUUAGGCCCCGUGAUGGUAAAAUUCUAUCUAAAGAAGGUUCAGAUGAUUCUGCCCAGUUGGCUGAACUUUUAGCAGUCCACCUUGUGGUGGAAGAAUCCAUAAAGGAGGGAAUAAAAUAUGUACAUAUAUUUUCAGAUUCAUGGGCGGUGUGUAAUGGUAUCACAGUUUGGUCAGCAAAGUGGAAAUUAACUGAUUUUACGAUAAAUGGUAAAGAUGUAUGGGGAAAAGAUACAUGGAAAUGGUUGGCGGAAGCUCCAAUCCAAAUCCUGAUUACUCAUGUGGAUGCCCAUACAGGACGCCAGGAUGAUGUUUCUAAGAAUAAUGAUAUCGCGGAUAAAUUGAGCAAAAUUCCAGUACAAUUAACUGCUAUUAAGUUGAGAAAUCCAAACCAAUGGGAGGUAGAUAAAGCCUCUGAUACAAAGCUAACUUUAAAACGUAGACCUAAUUGGCAUGUAGUUAAACCCCCAAUGGAAUCUGAUAUCACAUUGGAUGAAAUCAGACAAAUUCAUGCGAAUCUUGGACACAUUGGAACACAUGGUCUGUACCAAUGGUUCGACUCUAGAAACAUUAAGGCGACCUGGAGUAAAUGUAAGCAAGCGAUUGCUGGCUGCGAAAAAUGUGCGGCCAGUGGGACCAGAUUCAGACGCAACCCACCAAGCACAAGAACGGCCCCAGCAGGAUUUAACCAAUUGGUGCAGAUUGAUUAUAUUGGGCCAUUGAGAAAUGGAAAAUAUGUAUGUAAUAUGGUGGAUUGCAGCACAAGCCUUGGAAUGGCUUACGGAUGUACAAAAGCAAACCAAACGUCCACCAUAAAUUGUGUUUGGACGUGGUGUGCUCGAUAUGGAUGUCCAUGGAACAUAGCCUCAGAUCAGGGAACUCACUUUACUGGAGCACGUGUUCAAAAAUUGGCAGAUAUAUUGCAAAUUUCAUGGGAUUUCCAUUUGGCCUAUAACCCCACUGCGGCAGGUGCAGUGGAAAGAUUCAAUGGAUUACUGAAAACGAAAUUACAUAUGUUAAUGGACACGAUGCCUUUUGAGAAGGCCCUGCUAAUUGCAGUCUUUGAACUUAAUUGCAGGCAGAGGCUGCAUAGGCGUUCCCCUUUUGAGGAAGUGUUCAACAGAGUUAUCAAGUAUCAGGAGGAGGACGAGGAGAAACCGUUGAAUCGUGCAUCCAAAGUCUGGAUCAAAGAUAGGAACAGUACAAAGGUAACUAAGGGUGAAAUCGUUGCCGAUGGGCAAGGAAACACGUUUUGGAUAUCAACUAGGAAAGGAGACCUUAGGCUAACUAAGGAUAAAGAUGUCUGUACGCGAUAAUGCAUGUCGACAGAUUUGGAGCAUUGUGCUGUUCAUAAUUGUUGUUGUGUAUAGUUGUACCUUGUUAUCUGGCUACUUUCAUUGUAAUGAGUGGCAAAAACAUAAAAACGACACAUGUGUAGGAUCCAUAGGAGAGGAAAAAAUGAAAAACGUUAUGAGAUGUAUUAUGCUUAAUUAUACAGUGUGUUUUUGGUAGACACUUUGAGAUAAUAACUAUGCUGUUUUGACGCUGGACAUUGUAUUUUGCUAUUAUUUGUGUAACGACAGACAGCACCACUAGCACUGGUGGUGGUGCUAGCAGCAGUGGUGGUGCUGGUACUGGCACUACUUCCACCACUACCACCACUACUACCACUACAACUGCUGCAUGGAAGUGGAUUGAGUCACAGAGUCUGUCAAAAAGUCAAUGGUCAUAUAAGCGAUGGGUCGAAGAGUACCUACAGUUUCCACAAUCUAUGAAAGAGGUAAACAAUGGCACUGUAAUACCACAACACUGGAGAUCAAGGAAGUUUUUGCAGAAUCUAACAGCGAUUCAAUACUUAUACUAUCACAAAUAUGCAUUUUGCACACACUUUAACAGGCAUUAUGCGCCGACAUCUUGUGCAUCAUUUUACGAAUGGAAUACAAUGGGUAUAUAUUCACCUUUAUUCAGGACUGUGUCAGAAGGUGGAUACACAAAUGCGUACGAAACUAACCCGUUGCGAUGUCAUCUGAUGGAAGCCAUUCUGGAUCAAUGGGCACAAAAACCACAUUUUGUGUAUCAUUUCCGGAAAAUGAAGACGAGUAUGUGGGUAACACAAUACAAUGCUACAGCGGCUUUGCUGAAUAGACCUGCAGAAGAAAUUUAUGUCUUGGAACCAGAUGAUGACAGUGAUCUCUUUACUUGCAAAAAAGCUACAGAUAUCAGCAUACCCGCAUUACCGUUCCAAGCAUGGGCAAGUAACCAGCAGAAUGAUUAUCAUGCAUUUGAUUAUGACUACAAAGAGGAUGAACCCUCUCACUCCCCUUUCGACUCUUACGAGAUAGAAGACAACGGGAACGCCACCCGUAGUGAUGACAAUGCAACUAAUGAUGACACAACAACGACUAUCAAGACGACAACUAUGGGAAUAGACCUCCUACCCUACAAUGAGUCCCAAGAAGUGCUUAACAAAUGGUAUGGUUUUCCACAACAUUUGCAGGGAGCAAGACCAGUCGCAAGAUGGCCAGAAGCUCUCAAGAAACCGUAUGGGGCCUAUUGUCCAAAGGAAUUACAGGACUAUUUGGACUUGAUGAGUUCUGAAGGUCAUAAGAUGACAAUCUGGUUAGAUGACUUGCAAAAUAAAACCUUGGGAUACACAGAUUUCGUAACAUGAGUUGCGGACUUUCCAAACCUUCCGAUAUUUGGUGCAUUUGACAUCCUGUCUACAUACCGCUCAGACGUACAUAUUUCCAACAUAUCUUUCAUGCCAGUGGAAGAUUGGUGGAAAGUGCUGACUCUAGGAACAGAAACAUGGAGAUCACCAGUGUUAUUGACUGACCCGAUUCCACAGCCGUUUACGCAUAAUAUGGCAUGAUGGGCGUAUACGCCACCAAGUAAGCUUAAAAAUAUAGGGUAUGUGUGUGUUCGCAGUAUUUUUGGAGAAAUGCAAAAUAGGUCAGCAGGUGUUGCAUUCAUAGGACGCGUAUGUUUUCCGUAUGACCUGGGACUGAUAAAGUUUUGCAAAUACAGGUAUUGGUAUAAGGUAUCAGGACAGGUGUUAGAUACAAUGUCCUAUCCUCAAAUGGUACCAUGUAUGUUCCUGCAUCCUUCCAGACUAGAUCCUACGUGGCAGACGCCACUUUUUCCCAUGUUCCAUCACGAAGGAUGGAUCUUAUAUCAUAACAAAACCAGACAAUAUGCGUUUAAGAAUACAGUAAAGGAACGGGAUACAACGGAAAUAAAUGAAGGUGUAUGCCAUGAACGACAUACCAACGUGAGUAGCAUUCAGUUUGUGACCUUCAAUCAAUCGUUCUGGACUGAUAAUAGAAUCCUUAACAGAACACAAAAUCCCAUGUGGAACUAGACAUGGUGUUACAAUUUUUCAAGGGAGAACUGCAUACCGGAGGAAGAUCAUACUGUUCUACUUAAUGCAACACAUAUACAUCUAAUAAGAAAUAAAACACAUGAAGCGUUCGACUCACCAUGGCAACCAGUUUUAGUAAUUACACCAACAGACAUACUGAAAGGAUUAAAAUGGAACGUGUCAUUCCUACAAGUAGACUAUUCAUUCAACGGAUCAGCAUUGGCAGAAAAAGGAAAACCAUAUUCAGAUUUAUCCUAUAAAUUUUAUGAUCACUUUAUGUCAUCUUUAAUACCUGUGUUUAACAUAUCCAACUCAAUAAUUAGAGACGCCCUACAUAACAUCAGUAUACCUAUGAUGGGCAAGAAGAGAAUCUACAACGAUAUGCAAGGAGUACCUGUAGCAUUAGAAAGAUCCAACUGCAGAUGGUUCCCAUCUAAUAUCGACAUAAUACAUGGAGUUCACAGAUCCAUUGAAGAUAAUGUGUCAGUAUAUGACAUCCCAAUGGAUGCAGUAAAUGCUUCCCAUAUAACGACAUAUUGGGAAUCUACUGUGAGACAUACAUUGAAACCAAGGGCAACAGCGUUAACAUACAAAUAUCCAAAAAUAGAUGAAGUAACGUUAUUAACAAAGAAGACUGUGAUGGAUGAUGAUGUGGAACCAGAAGAUGGAUGUCCAAGUACGCAAUUAUGGGACACUAAGAUCCGGUAUCACGUAGAAGCUGCAGACAACAAGACCUUGCGAUGGUGGAUAACAGCAGGCAUGGACUUUUCCAAAUGGAAAAACGUAAUACAUACAGGAAAACUGCCAUACUAUUGGUAUAUGCUACUGCCAGCAUUGGAAAACGACAAUUCCUGGUGGAUGUAUGACAUUGUGUCUCAUGAUGUCUUACAGAAUACAACGGACAUUUACGACAGUUAUGCAGGAACUCAUAAGAUAUAUGCCUAUAAGAUGACAAUGAAAGACUGCAGAGUGACACCCGAAUCGCUCAAACCAUGUUUAAUAUACAGAGUUGGAUUCAAUGAAACCAGGGGGUGGGUGACAGCCCACUACCCUAGAAGUGUCCUGUUUCCGCCAAAAGGAAAAAUGACGACCACUGAAGCCCCAGCAUAUCUGCCACUUCUAAAACAACCACUGAGAUUCCUGGUGCACCCUGCGAUCCAACCAGUGAGACUACGGCUCUCACUUGGACAAGCAUUCAGGGAUACUGAAGUAUGUGGCUCAGAGAAAUGGCAAUAUGUGCUGCCAGAUUUAUUUUACAGCAUAGCACGAAAUGCCGCAGGACGACGUCCAUUACAGCUAGCGGCGGUAGGUGCUUUCAUCGCUGGAGCCGCUCUUGGAGCGUUGAUCGCAGGUGCAAUGACGGAAGAACUCAGAGUUGAAAUUAAUGCAUUAAAAAGUUUACAGGGUAAACAAGCAUCAGUGAUUGCAGGUAUAUCGAAGAAUUUACACUCUGCAUCAAUACUGAUUGAUAGAAUUAAUAUAGAACAAGCGAUGCUAAAGAAACAAAUUGAUAUCCUCAAUACAGUGGUGCAGACGACGAAUGAAGUAUUUGAGUCAAGGUUGAAACAUCUAGAAGCAAACCAAGAAUGUGCUCAUAUUGGAGCAAUGCUAUAA